AUUCAGGACACACCUGCCCCUGCUUGCCAAUCUAGACGCCUCGUCAGCAGGAUCAGUCUUGAUUUACACUUUUAUUUCAGCUCAUUCGAUUCAUUUGGAAGACAAAAACAAAGGAUUCUGAUGCUGGCCUCACCUUUACACAAGAAGCUUGAUGUUUUGAGCAGGAAGCUCCUCCUCCUUUCCAGCGUAGGACACAUUAUAAGGGCGCACAGUGGCGUCCGGGUUGACCCGUGCAGGUGUGUUUUGUGUGCCUCUGAUGAUGUCAUGUGACAACACACCUGCUGCCAGGCGCUCACCUGGAGUUUGAAAUGUUAUCAGCAGGACAAGCUGCUGUGAGACAUGAAGCUGGAUCAUCGUACUCCUUGGCUGGCUAAAAUCAUCCUGUCGUUCACGGUGGGACUGAUUACCGAAAAUUGGACAAGGCGUGGGCGCUGGAAGACCUCAGAGCUUUCUUCUUGAAGAAGUGUUGAGCAAGAGGCGGAAGUCCAAGAAAGGCAAGGCUAGCUCGGAGGUCCGUGAAGAGACUUGAGGUCGAGGGGAGGAGAUCCAAGAUGCAGCCAGGGAACGCGUGGAGACGAGACACACAGCUCGUGACGUGGAAAUGAAGUUCGAUGCGAUCGGCUCCGGGCCCUGCCGUGAGUUGUCGGUGCGGGCGACAGCGCUGCUGAACAUGGCGUCGGACGGGAUGAUUUUAACCAACCACGACCACCAAAUCCGGGUCGGAGUCCUGACAGUGAGUGACAGCUGUUUUCGAAACCUCGCAGAGGACCGCAGUGGCGUAAACCUCAAAGAUCUUGUCCAUGACCCAUCACUGUUGGGUGGUAUGAUUGUGGCCUACAAGAUAGUGCCAGAUGAAAUAGAUGAAAUCAAGGAAACUCUGGUGGACUGGUGCGACGAAAAGGAGCUUAACCUCAUUUUAACCACGGGCGGUACCGGUUUUGCGCCAAGAGACGUCACACCAGAGGCCACUAAGGAGGUGAUAGAGCGUGAGGCUCCGGGGAUGUCGCUGGCAAUGUUGAUGGGGUCCCUCAACGUCACACCACUCGGCAUGCUUUCCAGACCUGUGUGUGGCAUCCGAGGGAAGACGCUCAUCAUUAACUUACCAGGAAGUAAGAAAGGCUCCCAGGAAUGCUUCCAGUUCAUCCUGCCGGCGCUGCCCCACGCCAUCGACCUCCUGCGUGACGCCGUGGUGAAAGUAAAGGAGGCGGCGGACGAGUUGGAGGACCUGCCGUCGCCGCCGCCGCCUCUCUCGCCGCCACCCAACAGUUCGCCACGGCGUCAGACGGAGGACAAGGGCGUGCAGUGCGAAGAGGAGGAUGAGGAGAAGAAGGACAGUGGCGUGGCGUCCACGGAGGACAGCUCCUCCUCCCACAUCACCGCAGCCUCCAUCGCCGCCAAGAUCCCCGACGCCAUCAUCUCGCGGGGUGUCCAAGUGUUGCCCAGGGAUACGGCCUCGCUCAGCACCACGCCCUCGGAGUCGCCUCGCGCUCAGGCCACGUCCCGCCUUUCCACCGCUUCCUGUCCCACACCCAAAGCGCGGCUCCCCUCCUGUUCAUCCACCCUAAGCAUUGCUGAGGCCUCACGGAGAGAAUUCAGGGCUCACCUGGAUGAGGUCAUCACGCUCAAGUCAAGGUACUCUACCUUGGACCAGCUCCAGUGUAGGUUGGAGGGGCUUAAAGAUGAUCGCAGGAGGACCUUCAGCUCUCGAGUGCAGUCAAGAUGCAGCAGCAAAGAAAAUAUCCUAAGAUCAAGUCACAGUGCUGUAGACAUCACUAAGGUGGCCCGGAGACAUCGCAUGUCCCCCUUCCCCCUCACCUCCAUGGACAAGGCCUUCAUCACUGUGCUGGAGAUGACCGCCGUCCUGGGGACUGAGAUCAUCAACUACAGAGACGGAAUGGGUCGAGUCCUUGCUCAGGACGUUUAUGCCAAAGACAACCUGCCGCCAUUCCCUGCUUCCGUCAAGGAUGGUUAUGCUGUGAGAGCGGCCGACGGCCCAGGCGACCGCUUCAUCAUCGGAGAGUCCCAAGCAGGAGAGCAGCCCACCCACACGGUGAUGCCUGGCCAGGUGAUGAGGGUGACAACCGGCGCUCCAAUCCCCUGCGGGGCAGACGCCGUCGUUCAGGUGGAAGACACCGAGCUCCUCCGCGAGUCUGAAGAUAAAACAUCUACCUCAACCCACAGAGGUGCAUAUGGAGCCCAGCCGGGCACAGAGGAGCUGGAAGUACGAAUUUUAGUCCAGGCUCGCCCUGGUCAGGACAUCAGGCCUAUCGGUCAUGACAUCAAGCGUGGCGAGUGCGUGCUGGCCAAGGGAACCCACAUGGGUCCCUCUGAGAUCGGCCUCCUUGCCACAGUUGGGGUGACAGAGGUGGAGGUCCAGAAAUUCCCUGUGGUAGCAGUUAUGUCAACAGGAAAUGAGCUGCUGAACCCGGAAGAUGAUCUUCAUCCCGGGAAGAUCAGGGACAGCAAUCGCUCUACCCUGCUGGCCACCAUACAGGAGCACGGCUACCCGACGAUCAAUCUGGGCAUUGUGGGAGACAACCCCGAUGACCUUCUCAACGCUCUGAAUGAAGGCAUCAGCCGUGCUGACGUCAUCAUCACCUCAGGCGGAGUGUCCAUGGGCGAGAAGGACUACCUUAAGCAGGUGCUGGAUAUAGAUCUUCAUGCUCAGAUCCAUUUUGGUCGGGUCUUCAUGAAACCAGGGCUCCCAACAACAUUUGCCACUCUGGACAUUGACGGUGCUCGUAAACUCAUCUUUGCCCUCCCAGGAAACCCCGUAUCAGCUGUCGUCACCUGUAAUCUUUUUGUCAUCCCCGCCUUGAGGAAGAUGCAGGGCAUUUUGGACCCAAGGCCUACUAUCAUCAAAGCCAGGUUAUCCUGCGACGUGAAGCUGGAUCCUCGCCCUGAAUACCACCGCUGCAUCCUAACAUGGCAUCACCAAGAGCCUCUGCCGUGGGCACAGAGCACAGGGAACCAGGUGAGCAGCAGACUGAUGAGCAUGCGCAGUGCCAACGGGCUCCUGAUGCUACCUCCCAAAACCGAGCAAUACGUGGAGCUGCACAAGGGCGAGGUGGUGGACGUCAUGGUCAUCGGGCGGCUAUGAUGUCACCAGGCACGGGGCCAGAGAGUCGCCGUCGUCAAUAGCGGGGGCGGUCGGUAUGGGCGGAUCACGGUGCAUGUCCACAUAUCAUUGACUAUUCUGUAAUAUGCAACGGCACAGCUAGUUUUUAUUGGUUCGGAGAAGGUAUAGUCGACAUCUUGAUCACAGCCUAGAUACAUAAGAAAACAUUGAUUUAAGAAGAUUAUAGUAUUUCAAAGAAAGAAAAUAUAACUUUUAAUGGAAAAAAAAAUCUAAUUAUAAAAAGAGAUUUAUUCUGUAAUAUAUUGAUUAUUCUUCUUAUUAUUAUGAUUAUUCUUCUUACCAUUAUUAUAUUAAGGCAACGUUGUUGCUUUCAUUGCAGUUGCUUUGUGUGUUCAAUGCUAGACUUAUCUAUAGCAGUAGCAUUUUAAUAGACAGCUGUAGGUGCCUGCCAGGACAAAAAUAUAUAUAUUAUUUUCUCAUCUUUAGUGGAUACAAAAAAAAAAAAAAAAAAAGCUCUAAUCCCUUUUAUUUUGUAAAAUGAAGGAAAAAAUAAAACAGAGGAAGACUUCAGAUUUCCCACGGUGCUGCAGCUGAAGAGGAAAAGGCGGGAGGGGGCACAUGGAGGUCUUUUUCUCUGGAGAGCGCCCGGCAAGGUGACACUUUUUCUCCUGUUAGUAUGCAUCAUAUCGGCUUCACAAAGAGCUUCGCUUGUCGUUUAUCUCGUGAGUCUUGUUUAUGUGCGCGGUGCCAAAUGCC